AUGCUGCGAGUGAUUGUUGUCUCAUCGCUGGCUGUGGCCAUUCUCGCACAAUUCAAUGGACAACAGAAUGGUCAAAAUGGUGGUGGCUUUAACGGACCUCAACCAAAUAACAAUAACAACAAUGGGGGAUUCAAUGGAGGAAACAAUAAUGGACAACAACCCUUCAACCCUAAUGGAAACAACAAUCAGCCCAAUCCAUUCAAUCAAGGAAGCAACAAUGGUCAAAACAAUGGCCAAAACCCGUUCAACCCAAAUGGAAAUGGAGGAUUCAAUGGUGGCAACAAUAACAACAAUGGUGGAUUCAAUGGAGGAAAUGGACAACCACCCAACAACAACAAUGGUGGAUUCAAUGGACAACAACCAAACAACAACAACAACAACAAUAAUAACAACGGCGGCUUCAAUGGAGGACCAAAUGGCAAUAAUGGCACGUGGACUCAACUCCAAACAAUCAUCUCGACCAUUCAAUCGCAACUCUCGAGCCUUUCAAGUCUCCUCCAGAACUACGGAAAUGGAUGGUUCAAU